GUUCUUGUUUUUACAAUUAACUGACUGGCCCUGAUAUUUCAUGAAAAAUCCCAAAUCAAUAUGACAUUCAUGCUGAUGAUGAUGGGUGUAUCUAAACUGUUGUAAACCACUUUACACACAUUGCAUAAUUUAGCAGUGAAAUGACUCCAGUAUUUAUCUAUUUCAUUUUGAAUCCUUCCUAUUUCUACUCCACAGGCGAUGCAGAGCACCUCCGGCCUCGUCCGUCCCUCCGCCUUCAAGCCGGUGGUUCCCAAAAGCUUUCACUCCAUGCAGAACCUGGUGGGCCAGGCGGGAGGGGCCGGGGGCGAGGGAAAGACUGAUGCCAGGGGCGAGGGGUUCAGUGAGGGCAGAGUAGGCAGGAGAGGCAGAGACACAGUGGGAGGGGAUGGAGGAGAGGUGCCAGAGGCCCUUCUCCUGGACCAAGACAGUCCAGUUAGGGUCAGCAGGAGUGAUGGAGGGGGAAAUGGUACUGAGGUAGUUCAGGGAGGGAUGUCAGAUUCAGGGAGAAACUCCCUGACUAGUCUGCCCACCUACACAGGCUCGGCGUCUGGCUGUGGGCCCCCAGCGGUCUUAGGGCCCCUCAGUGCUUCUACCAGCCACAUUAACAGGUUGGGCAUGGCGGGGGCAGCUGCAGGUCUGGACAAACUGGACAAACCUGGCUACCAGCAGAACGGGCUGAGUGCCUCAGACAGCGGUCGGUCCUCCUCGGGGAAGAGCUCCUCGUCCUAUCAGAGGCUGAGCCACCUGAGUGACGCUCCAGCACCUCUGCGACCCUCCCCCUCGUCUGAUGACAUCAUCCAGGACCUCGAGGACCGACUGUGGGAGAAAGAGCAAGAGGUCCAGCACAUGCGCAGGAACCUGGACCAGAGUGAGGCGGCCAUCAUUCAGGUGUUUGAGGAGAAGCAGCGUGUUUGGGAGCGACAGAUGGACGAGCUGAGACAGAACUACGCUUCACGUCUGCAGCAGGUUACCCGCCGGGCUCAGCGUUCCCAGACCGCCCUGCAGGCCCAGAUCACUCGUCUGUCUCAGGACAAGAGGAGGCUCCAGGAGGAGAUGGCGGCCCUGUUGGCUCAGAGAGAGGAGCUGGAGAGAAAGUGCCUGGACUACAGGAAAGAACAGGCUGACAUCCUGCCGCGUCUGGAGGAGACAAAGUGGGAGGUUUGUCAGAAAGCAGGAGAGAUUUCCCUGCUGAAGCAGCAGCUCAGAGAGAGUCAGGCUGAAGUGACCCAGCGGGCCGGAGAGAUGGUGGCCUUGAGGGGCCAGCUGAAGGAGCUCAACGCGCAGCUGAGGGAGCGGGAGGAGGUCAUGCUGGGUCUGAAGGACUCCUACAGCACAAAGUGUCUGGAACUGGAGAAGUGUGAAGGCGAGCUGAGGAGGACACUUUCUGAGGUGUCCAUCCUGAGAGAGAAGCUGGGUGUGUUUGAGGCGGAGGUGCUAAGUUUAAAGCGUGCUUUGAGUGAAGCGAGCAGAGGGGCAGAAGUGAUUGUGAGCCCAAACCUAGCUGCAGCAGGGUUGCUGCCACCGUGGGGAGCUGUCCACUGCCCUCGAAACCCAACUGAGCCUUCCACCAACUCGCUCACCCCCACAUCCGACACCCUGCUCAGCCUGCAGAGCGAUGAAGCUAAAGCCCAAAGGCAGGAAGCUCAGAGACAGGAGAGGCAGCAGCGUGAAGAAGCUCAGUGGCGCGAUGUGCAGCACCGACAAGAUACCCAUAUGCAACAGGACAUCCAAAUGGGUCAGAACCCGCAGAUCAGACCGGAGGCCCAGAUCCGCCAGGAAGCCCAGCUCCGGCAGGAGGCUCACCUUCGCCACGAGGCCCAAAUCCGACAAGAAGUACAGCUGCGUCAGGAGGCCCAGCUCCGCCAUGAGGCUCAAAUGCGACAAGAGGCCCAGCUCCGUCACGACUCCCAACUCUGCCAGGACAUGCAGCUGCGUCAGGAAGCCCAUCAGCCACAGAGGGCGCAGGAGGGUCACUGGGAUGAAGCCGGGGAGCUGCGCAGGCAGCUUGAGCAGCUGCAGGGUGUACUGCGCUUGGAGAGGCAGCAGCGGGAAAGACAGGCCCUCAACUUUGAUCAGGAAAGGCACACCUGGCAGGACGAGAAGGAACGGGUUUUGAAGUAUCAGGCACAACUGCAGCUCAGCUAUGUGGAAACUCUACAGAAAAACCAAGCUUUGGAAAAGCGCAUGAGCCAGUUGGGAACCAAGCAAACCACGGUCUCCACCACUACUGUUACCACUAUCACCACCACUUCCCCCACCUCCUCCAACUCUUCACCUCCACCACCAGCCAUGUCGCCAUUGUCUCCUCAGCAACUCCCUUCCUUCUCUGGUCCUUCUUCUCUUUCUGGCCCUUCUUCUCUUUCUGGUCCUUCUUCUCUUUCUGGUCCCCCUUCCCACUCUGGACCUCCAUUUCUCUCUGGUCCACCUUCCCUUUCUGGUCCACCUUCCCUUUCUGGUCCUCCUUCCCUCUCUGGUCCUCCUUCCAUCUCUGUUCCUUCCUCCCUCUCUGGACCCAUCGCCCUCACUCUCUCUCCUCCCUGUGAAGACCAAAAGGGCCCCCCAUCGCUCCACCAGCUCGCUCCUCCAUGGGCCGGACAGUCGCGCCUGGAGAGGAUAGAGUCUACAGAGAUAUAGACACAGAUUCAUGAUGCUAAUGCUCUUUUUUUUUCUACACUCACAGUGGUGAGGCCUCUUACACAAAACCCAUAUCAGCAUACAGUAGAAAACAAGGUCUAAAACAAUCACUUUUUUCAAAGCAACAAACCUAUCAGGAACAAACAUCAUAUCAACAGGAAACUGAACUACAUUCUGCAUUAUCGCUGAAUUUUUAACCUCCUAAGAGGCCUUUAGUGUUGCACAUGGAUACAUCUUACAUUAUCAGAAAUAUGUGCCAUGUGGUUGGAUGGCAAAAAAAAAUGGAAAACCAUGAAAAAAAAUGUAAAUUACAGACCUAAUACAUGCAACAUUUAAUUCCCACGCCAGAAAAGGAACAAGACAAUCAGGGAUAUUGUCGGAAAUGAUUAACAAGAAUAUAUUGUGCUGUUUAUUCAUUGUAAGUCUAUGUCACUGGUUAUGUAAAAGUAGAAUUAGUGGUCAGAGUGUGUGACGUCAACUUACAUUUUGGCCAGAGAGCGCCUUACCCCAUUCUUCCCAGCAAGUGUAAGAGAGAAAAUUAGUGCUGGGAACUGAAAAAGAAGAAGAAGAAGAAGAAGAAAAAAAAAUAGAGAGCGUGGUUAUUUAUUUUCAGUGCUUUAACUGUAAUAUCGGCACACCAGCUGCGCAAGACUAUUAUACGGGGCUGGACUGUUUUCUUUUUUAAUCUCAGCAGAUGUUGACCUCUGAAGUCUCACACACAUACACGAACAUACACUGUACAGGGUCCAAUACAUGGCCCGUUUAAACACUAAGACCAAGAGAAUUUAUAUUUUCUACAAAUUGAAUUUAAAUACGAUUGCUUAGCAGAUAAUCAGCCCAAACUGAGUAUAGAUGACAUUUUUAAGCAUAAGAGAACUCCAUCAGCUCUCACUUUAGAUUCUCGGCAGUGACCAAAAACGAAGGUCACAGGAGCACGUUUCCACCUGAACUCCUUCACUGAACUGCAAGAACGUGAAUGUACGCACACAGUUUGAAUUUGAAUAAUAUUAUGAUAAUUGUGUCUCUGUGCAUUCACUGCCAAGAAACCAGCCAGUCAGUCAGGCAGGCAGUCGGUAUCCCCAAAGGGAAAAAUGUUUAUAGAAUGUAUGAUAUACUUGCAGAAAGAUAUACCUAUUAUAGUUGUAGAUUGUAAAUGUGUGCGUGUGAGGAGGUAUGAAAGAGAGUGUGUGCAUGUGUGUAUACUUAUGAAAAGCUUCAGCUGAUGAGAUUGAAGACAGAGGGACUAGUGGCAAUACAAACUAAGAAAUAUGAAGGGAAAAGAUGCGAUGCAUAUUUAAAAAUAUUGAGACACGUAAAAUGGAAAUAAAAACACAUUGCAAUGCUUUGCAAAUCUCUUAUAAGUGGAUAAAAUGAGCAAUCUUGUGAUCUCCUGGAAUGCCACUGAGACAGGGGGCAUCUGGGUUUCCCUACUGGGUCUGUUACCACAGCAGCUACAAUAAGUGGAAUACCACCAAUGGUUGGACGAUAAACCCAUAUUUUAUUCACUAUGGAACAUAUAACACAUAUUAAAUGUGGAAACUAAUAUACUGCACUAUUUGUUCAAUACUGUUUAAUAAUAAUCAAUACAAAAAAAGAAAGUAUGGAGACCAGUUGCUAAAGUUUUUGGAGGACAGCGCUAUCCCAUUCUUGUCCGAUGCAGGAUAGUUCAAUAGUCGUGGGUCGCCACGCAAGCAAAUUCAGCCCCUGUUGAAAACAUUUGCUGCUGUGAACCUGUGUAUACUCACUUUAUUGGUUGCUGCAGCUUUGCAACAAAUCUGUCUUAAGAUGAUUUGAGGUUUGCUCCUCUCAUACAGAAAGCAGCCAUAAAAAGAUGGGUACACUGUGAACAUGGUCAGGAACAAUACUCAGGUAGGCGGUGUUUAAACAAUCUCUAGUUCAAUCUAAGGGGCCUGUAAUGUGCAAAAAAAAAAAAGUAAUUUUAUUUCAAUUUACUUCUGAGAGAUUCAACAUUAAAAUCACACUGCUGCAAAUGGCAGUCAAGAGUUUCUUAUCUGGAAGGUAGACCAUCCAGAUGCUGGUCAGGAUAGGACAGAGCAGGGGAUAAAUAGACAGGAACUUUGGCUACAGACAUACAGGCACUUCUCCCAUCUGCUGAUGUGAAGGAGACUGAACCCAAUUGGUGAGUCUAUAUACUCUUCCCUUUCUAUCAUCACAAGAUAUGGUUUAGGACAGAAAAAACAAGAUCUUGAGUAAAAAUGGCCAAAAUGGGCUUCUGCUCUAAUCUCGCCUUAAGUUGUAGAGUGAAGAGUUCAUAUUACAGCAGCUGCUCUUCAACACUGAGAGAAGUCAAUUGAAAUGGUUUGGGAAUCUUCUCAAGGUGCUUCCAAGGAGCAUCCCUAUGAAGGCUUUCAUGGUACGCCCGUUUGGGUGAAGACUCUUAUGAUGGCCGAGCAUUGGCUUGAGGAACCUAUAUAUGUUUUCCUUCUGGGAAAGCCUUGGGAUCCACCUGAAUGAGCUGGAGAGUGUUGCUGGAAAGAAGGUGUCUGCAUGUCCAACUGUUACCCCAAUGGCCCAAUAUCAGAUAAAAGGAAGAGAAUGGAGGGAUGGAAACUGUGGUACAUUAUCUUAGUUUGUUCAUUUGGUAUGUUUACUAUAUUAUCUUCCAGUGAAUAAACUAUGAGUGUAGGGCGGGGGUCUCCGACUUCAUUCCUCAAGGGCCGGUGUCCUGCAAUUUUUAGAUCUGCUUCAACACACCUGGCUCCAAUAUGAGCUCAUUAGCAGAGCUAAACUGAAUGAUAGUGACACAAUUUCACAAUUUAAUUCAGGUGUGUAGGACAAGGGACACAUCUAAAAGUUACAAGACUCUGGUCCUCGAGGAGUGCAGUUUGAGACCACUAAUUUAGAAGAUUUGCAAAUCAUUGCAUUGCGCUUUUAUUUGCAUUUAACACAAUGGUACAGCUUUUUAAAAUUUUGGUUGUAUAAACAAAAGGUAGAUAAAAGCUUGUGAGACUAAAAUUUUACAUUGAGGGUGUGUGCAUAUCUAGAAAACUCUUACUUUCUUCUGUAUAAUUUGCAUAGACAAUAGCAAAGAAGGAGGAAGUUUUAAAAAAAAUAUAUAAAAAGUGGAAAAUUUGCCUUUUUAAAGGAGAGCAUUCAGGCUACCUGCACUAUGUAGUGUCCUACACAUGAGUUACGAUGUACAGUAGAGUCAGAUGUGAAUAUCACGGCUUUUAUAACUGUUGUUUAUGCCAGCAUUAAAAAAAUGUUGCUCAAGAAUAUUAACUUAUCUCUAAGGUAUUACAUAGUAUUAUCAUCUUUAUUACUGUUAUUAUAUUAUGGUGAAUUGAAGGAUGAAAAAAUACGUGCCAUUUUAGCUUUCCUUUCUGUGUUUGUUUUUUUUUUAACUGUGUAGCUAGCCAGUUGGCUGCCCAUAAUGGUGCAAUCAUAGCAAACUUGUCCAAAAAACAAAAAAAACAAUGUUCCUUUUGUUGUAGGUGAUGUAGUUACAGUAUUGCAUUGUUUAGAGAGAAAAAUGCUUCUUGUUUCAAAUUUUUAUUGUUUGCAUUUAUGUUAGUAGUACUGCUCUGGCUUGAUUAAAACCAUUCAUUUGUUAAGAUUCAGCAGAACUAAUAAAGAUAUGUGAAUUAUUCA